UUUUAAAUAAAGUUUUCCAGUAUUGAAUAAAACAUGGCCGCCACAGAAGUCGGAUGUGAGCAUUACGUUCGUAGCUGUUUGUUAAAAGCGCCCUGCUGUGGGAAGUUUUAUGUUUGCAGACUCUGUCAUGAUGCUGAAGAGAACCAUCAAAUGGACCGAUUUAAGGUCCGAGAGGUCAAAUGUGCAGCAUGCAAUACUAUUCAAGAGGCUCAACAGACAUGUAAAGAAUGCGAAGUGAAGUUUGGGGAGUAUUACUGUGACAUUUGUCAUCUGUUUGAUAAAGACAAGAAGCAGUACCACUGCCAGCCCUGCGGGAUAUGCAGAAUUGGCCCAAGAGAGAAAUACUUCCAUUGUACGAAGUGCAAUCUAUGCUUAGCUACUGAUCUUAAAGAUAAUCACAAGUGUGUUGAGAAUGUCUCUAGGCAGAACUGCCCUGUAUGUAUGGAGGACAUCCACACGUCCAGAAUAGGGGCUCAUGUGCUCCCCUGCGGUCAUCUGCUACACAAAACGUGCUUUGAGGAUAUGUUCAAAACUGGUGCUUACCGUUGUCCUCUGUGUAUGCAUUCGGCCUUCAACAUGACGGAGUUCUGGGAAGAGAGAGAUAAGGAAAUCGCCCAGUCUCCCAUGCCCACAGAGUACCAGGACACUAGAGUCAAGAUCAUGUGCAAUGACUGCCAGGCUCACUGCACUGUCUCCUUCCAUGUGUUGGGCAUGAAAUGCAGCUCUUGUGGCUCUUACAACACUGCGCAGGACGGCGGGCUCAUCGCAGCCCCUGCUAUAAACGCACGACAGUCUGCAGAGCAGCCGCUUGAAGAAGAGCCUGACACAGAGCACCACGAGUGACAUUAGGCACAGAAAUUAUCUUUCAAUUAAGCUUUUAUAGAACUGAUAUGUAGAAACUCUCCUCCCUUACUGCUCAUCUCUCAAGUCUGUACAACUGCUCUUAUUUUUCUUAUUUGAUUAAAAAGGAUUAGAACAUAUUUAAGGCUUCUUUAAAUUUCUGCGAUGGAAACCGACUGUGCACAGUCAGGUGUGUAAGAUUUGCAACUUAUAUAUUUCUUGACUAUUCCACAUGCAUUUUGUCAAAAAAUGUUAAAGAUAUUUCUUUGCUUUGUUUACUGAAUACUCCGUAUCUAUCAAGAAGAUUUUGGUUUAUAUUAAGGAAAAGUAUCCUUAAUAUAAUGUAUUAACAUGGGCUCUAAUAUUCAGUGGACAUAAUUUCAAACUUUUAAUUAAAAAAUUAUUUAAUGCUAUUUAUUGAUUAAUACUGGACAAGAAACAAACAUUGUAAUACAGAAAUAAAAUAAAAUGAUCACAUUGCA